AUGGAAAUAGAAAAAUCUUAUGCUCAAUAUGCUAACUACAUAGUCAAAUAAACCAUUGGCAAAGGAGGGCAAGGAAAAGUCAAAUUAGGUUUAGAUGGAGAUAAAGAAGUGGCAUUAAAAUUUGUUUAAUUUUCAAAGGAUAUUGAAAAAGAAAUUUAAAUACAUAGGGGGUUAAAUCAUAAAAAUUUGAUAACGUUAUUAAAUUUUCAUGUGAAUGAGGAAUACACUAAAAGAAAUGGUUAGAAGGUGAUUAAAUCUUGUUUGGUUUACGAUUAUAUGAAAGAUGGAGAAUUGUUUGAAUAACUAUCAUAGACUGGGCCAUUCAAGGAAGAAACUGCUAGAACCUUAUUCCAUCAACUCAUUGAUGUGCUGCAAUAUUUACAUGGUUAAGGUCUAGCUCAUAGAGAUCUAAAACCAGAAAACAUUUUAUUUUAAGAUGGCUAAUUGAAGGUAUCCGAUCUAGGAUUUGCUACAUUUGUUGGAGGCAAUUAUGGACAUGGAGUCCUAGCCUCAUUUAAGGGAACUAUCAGUUAUAUGGCUCCGGAAAUUUUAGUUAGACAAAAGUAUGUAGGAUAAUGUGUUGAUUUAUUUGCAGCUGGUGUUAUUUUAUUUCUAAUGGUGACUGCUCAAUUGCCAUUCAAGUAAGCAAAUAUUAAAGAUUAAAUUUAUAAUCUAAUAUGCACCAAUCGGUUUGAUCAAUUUUGGGCUUACAAGGAGAAGUCUGGAAUACCAAGGUUCUCAAAUGACCUCAAAACUCUCAUUAAUUCCAUGCUUGCCUUUGAUCCCUUAUAGAGACCAACUCUUUCUGAAAUUAUCAGCACUUCUUGGUACCAAGGAGCCACCAUCAGUAAUGAUCUUGUGAUCAAAUUACUAAAUGCACGUAAAUUAAAAAUUCAAUCCUAACAAAAUAAAGAAAACUUAUAGAAAAUGCUUGACAAAUAAAAAUUAUAGGCAGCAGACCAAAAUUAACAAUUGACUGUUGGGAUUGGAAAUUUUAAUAGAGGAGAGGACGACUUAACUAUUGAUGUAACAUUAAAACGAGAAUUAAAAAGAUUUAAAUAGACAGAUGUAAUACUUCCAUUUGAACCUCAUCUAAUAUUUGUUAAGCUUAUUGAAAACAAGGACAAAUUCGCCAACAAGAUUAAUUUUGUAGAUAAUCAAAAAUAUAAAAUUCAUUACUGGUAUUUAUUAAAUAAUGAAGAAUUUGAAAUGGCCAUCUAAUUAGUCUAAGGACCAACCGAAUCCACUGUGGGGAUUGAUUUCUAAUUAAUCAAAGGAGAUGGAUUGGAAUUUUAUUAAAAAAAAAUAUAAGUGGAGGAUAUGCUUUUAUAAAUCGAAUGA